AUGGUGGGAGAAACUUGGAAAUCUUCAAUGAUACAUAACAUACCUAACUGGUUCCAGCCUCAAUCCGCCAAUACGACCGCAACUGAGGAGAGAUAUCAGCCAUGGCAGGCGAUGCAGGAAGUCCAAAACCUGUUCAAACCUGAGAUGCCUGUCGCUCAUGAUGCAAACGCCGAUCUUGCUGCCGACACCGAGUCCAACAAGACUGAAGACGAGCCUUUGAAGCUCAAUUUGCUCAGGGCCCAAUUCAAUUCCGCGAAAUCCAAUAUUGCGAAUGUGGAGGAGCAACACUGA